AUGGGUAAGGAUUACUACAGAGUGUUGGGCAUAGCCAAAGGUGCUACCGAAGAUGAGAUCAAAAAGGCGUACAGAAAACAGGCUUUGCGCUUUCAUCCGGACAAAAACAAGGCUCCAGGAGCAGAGGACAAAUUCAAAGAGAUUGCUGAAGCUUACGAUGUUCUCAGUGAUGCGAAGAAAAAGGAAAUCUAUGACCGAUAUGGAGAAGAAGGGUUAAAGGGUAAUGCUAGACCUGGAGGUGGUGCACAGUGUGGUCCAAGCUACAACUACACCUUCCACGGAGAUCCUCAUGCGAUGUUUGCAGAAUUCUUUGGUGAUCAUUCAAACCGCAACCUGGAGGUCACCGAAGAGCACCGGAGAGAAAGAAAGAUCCUCCAGUUGUGCACGAGCUGA